AUGAAGAGGCCUCAUUCUUCAUGCUCACCUUCCUCUUCAUGCAUUGAGCUCAAAAAGUCUAGGACUACCAAACAUGCUUCUUCCUCCUCCAGAGCCAAGAGGGACAAGAAGAAAUCCCAGAUCAGUGCUGAUGCUUCUUCCUCCCCCAUUGCUGCAAGAAGAAGCUCCAUUUACAGAGGAGUCACCAGGCACAGAUGGACCGGCCGGUUCGAAGCCCAUCUCUGGGACAAAACUACUUGGAAUGCCAUUCAAACCAAGAAAGGACGACAAAUUUAUUUGGGGGCUUAUGAUAAUGAGGAGGCUGCUGCCCGUACUUAUGAUCUUGCGGCCCUCAAGUACUGGGGACCUGGAACCAUACUGAAUUUUCCGCUUGAAAAUUAUUCGGAAGAGCUUGAAGAAAUGGAGAAAUUAACUAAGGAGGAAUAUUUAACCACACUAAGGAGGAGGAGCAGUGGAUUUUCUAGAGGUGUUUCCAAGUACCGUGGAGUUGCUAGGCAUCAUCACAACGGUCGAUGGGAGGCGCGAAUUGGACGUGUCUUUGGGAACAAAUAUCUGUACUUGGGAACUUACGGCACUCAAGAGGAAGCAGCUAUGGCAUAUGACUUGGCAGCCUUAGAGUACAGAGGUCCUAAUGCAGUAACCAACUUUGAUAUAAGUAGAUAUGCUGACAAGCUGAAGACAUUCCAGAAAAUGCAUACAGAAAAUCCUGAAUCCUCCACUGAAAAACAAGUGGAUGAACAGGAAGACCAUGAAGAACAAGUACAAGAGGAAAAACCUGUGGCUGAGCUAAACGUUCCAAAUAUAGCUACUACUAAGUCUGAGUCACAAGACAACCUUGGACAACAUUUGCAACAGAAAAAACCUGUGGCUGAACCAACAGUUUCAAACGUAGCUGCUACUGAGCCAGAACAAAUUGUCAUGAUGGACCCUGCUGAUGAGCAUGAGGAUCAUUGGAACCUAUGCUUGGAUACUGCACUCAAUUCACUUCCAGUUUCGGACAUAACCUUCGAGAAAACUGCAGAAUUACCAAACUUGUUCACUGAUGCAGGGUUUGAGGCUAGCAUUGACUUUAUUUUUGAUGCUCCAUUUGAUAUAGAUGAGUUUAUUGAGGAAGAUGCAGCAGGCAGCCCAGCAUUCGAAAUUGAUGUCGAUUCAUUCCUAAGGGGGGAGGAGAAAGAGCCAGAAGCAACCACUUCUCCUUCUCAAUCAUCAUCAUCAACAAUCACAUCUGUUGGUAGCAACAUCUAAGCUGCUUCUUUGGUUUGGCAACUUAAAAAAUCUGGAAUCAUUCUCAACCUGCAGCUUUGGUUUUGUCUUAGAAAUUGGCGUUGGCUGAUAGGUAUAUGUAACAUAUUCUUAAAUCCUUUAGUUUAUGCCUUUCAAAUACAUAGGGGACAAGAUUACAGUUGUUGACUGUGUUUUUUUUUUUUUUUUUAACUUUGUAUCCUUGUGAAAAUUUUGGUUUUGUCUUAGAAUUUGGCAUAGGCUGAUAGGUAUCUGUAACAUAUUCUUAAAUCCUGUAGUUUAUGCCUUUCAAAUACAUAGGGGACAAGAUUACAGUUGUUGACU